AUAAUGUUGAUAAGAUAAUAUAGGUAGUAAUUACUAUAAAACCUAUAAUUAGUAACACAGAAUAUUAUAAUUACUUAAAACCAGUCGUGUCCAAUAGUCAGUAGUCAUUACUUACUACCCAGUCAGUGCCUAUACUGCUGUCUUGCACUCUGUAACGUUUUACAUUGCAGUGUACCUAUAUACAAUAUUAUUGAGAUAAAGGAGCAGUAGACAUUUUUUCUGUUGUAAACUUAUAUGUAUUGACUUCUUCACAAUGGUACAAGCAUGGUUCAUGGCAGAAAAUUGGAGCGGUGAUCAACGUGAAGAACACCACAUGCAGCCGCCUGAGUUUAUUGAACUGGAUACUCUUUAUAAGCUCACCUUAGUGGAACAUUUCAAAGUUAAUGAAUCAGAUCCUACUAAUGAUAAACUAUUAAACUCCAUUAAGAAGGAGCGAGGUUACUCUUAUGAGGACGAGAUAACAUGUUCUAAAGAAUGCUUACCAAACUAUGAAAGUAAAUUAAAAAUGUUCUUUGAGGAGCACUUACACACAGAUGAAGAAAUUCGAUUGGUUUUGGAAGGUUCUGGCUACUUUGAUGUUAGAGAUGGUGUAAAUGACAGAUGGAUACGUAUUAAAGUCGAACCUGGCGAUUUGUUAAUAAUUCCAAAGGGCAUUUAUCAUCGUUUCACAUUGGAUACGAAUAAUUUUAUCAAAGCCAAAAGAUUCUUUGUGGGAGAACCAGUCUGGACACCGCAUAAUAGACCAGCAGAUGAUAUGAAUUGCAGAAAAGAAUAUUUGAAUCAAAUAAUAUCUUGUUAAAUAAAAUACAAUAUAAUAUAUAUGUAUAU